GGAGCCAGGACUAAGGGAGGACGAGCCGACUGAAUGUAGUCGCCGUGUUUUGCUGAAAGAAAGAAGGCCCACAUUUUGUAUUUGUUGUGAUCGGAGAGCUCCACUCGGGUUCAUCAGCAAGAGACUGGCCAAGGAUACAGAGAGCAGUUUCCAUUCUAAGGUGGAUUCACGCUCCUCUCAGCCAUCUUGACUGCCGCUCGCCGCCCUGAAGGCUGUUUUCUCCUCUCCUCCACCUCGGCUGAAAGUAAACACGGCUUGCAAAUUGCUUGCAACUCCGUGCCAAAUACCGAGUAAAGCGAGAUGGGUUCGCUGCGCAAAAUCUAACCGGACCGGACUCGGAGGGGGCAAAAUUAGACGGCUGAAAGGAUUUAUCCGCUGCUGUUUUUACCAAAGCAGGAGAGGGGGACACAACGCGCCGGAGGGAUGGAGUACGACCUGUUGGGGAUUUACCUGCUCCUCUCACUCGCCCUCCUACCCAGAUCCAGCGGCACCACGGCCAAGGAGAUCACCUGCCAGGAGAUAGCCGUGCCCCUGUGCAAGGGGAUCGGCUACAACUACACCUACAUGCCCAACCAGUUCAACCACGACACGCAGGACGAAGCGGGGCUGGAGGUGCACCAGUUCUGGCCUCUGGUUGAGAUCCAGUGCUCUCCGGACCUGAAGUUUUUCCUGUGCAGCAUGUAUACUCCCAUCUGCCUUGAGGACUAUAAGAAACCGCUGCCGCCGUGCCGGAGCGUCUGUGAGAGAGCCCGGGCCGGCUGUGCGCCUCUCAUGAGGCAGUAUGGCUUUCCCUGGCCGGACAGGAUGAAGUGUGACUUGCUGCCGGUGCAAGGCAACCCGGACACGCUGUGUAUGGACUACAACAGGACCGACUCGACCACGGUUUCCCCGGUUCUUUCCAAACCUACGAACCACCCGAGUAAGGCUUAUAACCCGCACAAAAACAAACCUGGACACAACCGACCCGGCGCGCCUGGUAAAUACAAGCCCCCUGCCGCUCCGUGCGAGCCGGGAUGUAAGUGUCUGGACCCCAUGGUGCCGGUAAACACAGACCGACACCCGCUCUACAACCGGGUGAAAACAGGACAGAUCACCAACUGCGCCAUGCCGUGCCACAACCCGUAUUUUACGCACGACGAGAGAGCGUUCACCGCCUUCUGGAUAGGACUGUGGUCCGUGUUGUGCUUCGUGUCCACGUUCGCCACCGUCGCCACUUUCCUCAUAGACAUGGAGCGGUUCAAGUACCCCGAGAGGCCCAUCAUCUUCCUCUCGGCUUGCUACAUGUUUGUUUCCAUCGGCUACAUCGUCCGCCUCAUCGCCGGACACGAGAAAGUGGCCUGCAACCGGGAGUACGACGUGGAGCACAUCCACUACGAGACCACCGGCCCGGCUCUCUGCACCGUGGUCUUCCUGCUUAUUUACUUUUUCGGGAUGGCCAGCUCCAUCUGGUGGGUCAUCCUGUCUCUAACCUGGUUCCUGGCUGCCGGGAUGAAGUGGGGCAACGAGGCGAUCGCUAGUUACUCCCAGUACUUCCACCUGGCCGCCUGGCUCAUCCCCAGCAUGAAGUCCAUCGCCGUCCUGGCGCUGAGCUCGGUGGACGGGGACUCAGUGGCUGGCAUCUGCUACGUGGGCAACCAGAACCUGGACAACCUGCGGGGCUUCGUCUUAGCCCCUCUGGUGAUUUAUUUAUUCAUAGGCACCAUGUUCCUCCUGGCGGGAUUUGUGUCCCUGUUCAGGAUCCGCAGCGUCAUCAAACAAGGGGGCACUAAAACGGACAAGUUGGAGAAGCUGAUGAUCAGGAUAGGCAUCUUCACGGUGCUCUACACCGUGCCGGCCACUAUCAUAGUGGCGUGCUACUUUUACGAGCAGCACAACAGGCAGAGCUGGGAGAUCACCCACAACUGCGCCUGUCUGCUGGAGCGGGACCGCAGGAGUCCGGACUACGCGGUUUUCAUGUUGAAGUACUUUAUGUGCCUUCUGGUGGGCAUCACGUCGGGGGUGUGGAUCUGGUCGGGCAAGACUCUGGAGUCGUGGAGGACUUUCUGCACCAGGUGCUGCUGGGGCAGUAAGGGCACCAGCGGCUCCAUGUACAGCGAUGUGAGCACAGGACUGACGUGGAGGUCGGGCACGGCCAGCUCCGUGUCUUGCCCCAAGCAGAUGCCAUUGUCCCAGGUUUGAAUAAAAGGCAAAAGCAGCUUAUGAGGACUGCUAAUUGUUUGGGAGAUAACCCAUCACUCCCAGUCUUAAGCAAUUUGCAUAGUAAUGAACUGCUGCUGAGGAGCCCCCACACACCCAUACACACACACACACCUCUCAGUUGGGAGAACUGGUUGAAACAAUGUACCUGGCAUUAACACAGGUUAAUUCCUCCCUGUUUAUAUGUAUUAGAGGUACAGACUGAGGUUUUUCAAGCAAACUGGGCAUUACUUGUUGUAGGCUACCUGUAGGCAGAGAAACAGUUUUGUUCCUAACUUGCUUCAUACAAAGAGCAUUUGGGUUUACUAUAGUGCCAGAUAACAUUGUGUAAUUCAGUCACAUCAAAGAUGGUUUAAAUUAAGCCUUAAUAGUGCCCAAGUAUUUUACGGGUCAUUCUUUUUUUGUAUUUCAAAUGUAUUUAUAUAAUGGUUAUGUACAAACGUGUAAAUUUGUGUAUAAAAGAAAACUUUAUAAGCUAUUGUAAAUUUGUACAAAGUGUAGAUGUCUUUUUGUGAGAAAAAAACAAAUAUGACCUUUAUUUUGACAAUA